AUGAGCGGGAAGCCUAAGAUCUCGUACUUUUACGACCCCGACGUGGGCAACUUCUACUACGGACAGGGUCAUCCGAUGAAGCCUCACCGUGUCCGCAUGACCCACAACCUCCUCCUGCACUACGGCAUCUACAAGGAGAUGGAGGUGUUCCGCCCGGCGCUCGCGUCCGCCGAGGACAUGACCAAGUUCCACAGCGACGAGUACAUCGAGUUCCUCCGCCUCAUCACCCCCGACAACCAGCACGAGCACAUGAGGCAGCUCAAGCGCUUCAACUGCGCCGAGGACUGCCCGGUGUUCGACGGCCUGUUCAACUUCUGCCAGAUCUACACCGGCGGCUCCGUGGGCGGUGCGGUCCGUCUGAACCACAAGCAGACGGACACCGUCGUCAACUGGGCGGGUGGCCUCCACCACGCGAAGAAGAACGAGGCUUCCGGCUUUUGCUACGUCAACGACAUUGUGCUCGCGAUCCUCGAGCUGCUCAAGGUUCACCAGCGCGUGCUGUACAUCGACAUCGACAUCCACCACGGUGACGGCGUGGAGGAGGCCUUCUACACCACCGAUCGCGUCAUGACCGUCUCGUUCCACAAGUUUGGCGAGUACUUUCCGGGCACCGGACACCUCCAGGACGUGGGCCAGCACCGCGGUAAGUACUACUCCGUCAACGUCCCGCUCAAGGACGGCAUCGACGACGAGGCCUACGUGGCGCUGUUCAAGCCGGUGAUGGCGAAGGUCAUGGAGAUGUAUCAGCCGGAUGCGGUGGUGUUCCAGUCCGGCGCGGAUUCCCUCACCGGCGACAGGCUCGGGUGCUUCAACCUCUCCAUCCGCGGCCACGGCGAGUGCCUGAAGUACAUGCAGACCUUCAACGUGCCCCUCCUGGUGCUCGGCGGCGGUGGGUACACCAUCCGCAACGUCGCCAGGUGCUGGACGUACGAGACCGGUUGCCUCCUCGGCCACGACCUCGACAACAAGCUUCCGGUGAACGACUACUCCGAGUACUUUGGCCCCACGCACGAGCUCCAGAUCCAGCCGUCCAACAUGGAGAACCAGAACACGCCCGAGUACCUGCAGGGCAUCCUCAACAAGAUCCUCGAAAAUUUGAGCAAGAUCCCGCCCAAACCGUCCGUCCCGUUCCACGACGUGCCCCCCGACGCCAUCGACCAGGACGCCAUGCGGGUCAAGGAGGAUCCGGACGCCAAGGGCGGCGGCGCGGAGGCUGAGGCGGCGCGGCGGUCGGAUCCCCGCGAGCUCGAGCCCGAGGAUGGCGACGUCGACGACAAGCCGUCCAGGCACGACGCGUCCAUGCGCGAUGUAGAGGACGUAGACGGCGGCGAGAAGAAGGUCAAGGAGGAGAAGGUGGAGGGAGCGGACGCGGUCAAGGCGGAGCUCGGCGACGCGGCUGACGUCGACGAUCCCGACGCGGCGGUCAAGGCGGAGAAGGGCGGCGAGGGCGCGACGGACGCAAACGACGGGGACGCGGCAAACGCGGGGGGACCUGGGAUCAUGGCCAGCGACCACGGCGAUCAGUGA